AUGAUACAAUUAAACGGUGCCGGGCCUGGGCGUCUCCCGCUAAUUGGCGCCCAAAAAUGGAUGAUGGAUAAGAUUGGAAAACGUAUAGGGCCGCUGCCUGGAGGUCGCCGGGGCGCGUCUGGAGCUGGCGCUGGACGCGGCAGCAUGCGGGCCGCCAGCCGAGCGCGAGGAGCUGCAAGAUCACCUAACAGCCCCCCGCAUCCAUCAUCCCCACCAGACGGCUUGAUGUCGGCAGGGUCCUCUCGGACUCGGCAAGCGGCAUCCGCCGCUGGUGGAGUGCGCCGCAUGCGUUGGACAAGGGAUAUGAACGCAAACGCAUUGCGGGCGUACUAUAGGGCGAAAGGGGAAGAAACUGCGGGAAUAGCGUAUCGAGCUUGGAUGCAUUGCUUUUUUGCUGAGCUGGAGCCGUCUAUUCCCGUCACGAAACAAAACCUGGCGUUCAUGCGCUCGAAAAUAUUCGACGAUGCCGAGCUCGAACGACUACGACGUGAGGCCAUUCCCUCAUCGAAUGAAUUGGCUACGGCUGGGGAUGAGGCUCCUCAAUGGCGACAGACCAGCUGCCACGCGUAG